AUGGAGAACCUGAGGAAAGGGGAGGAAUCCGAGGAGGUGGAGAUUGACCUGGACUCGAGUGAAGACUGUGACAGCGGAGAAGAUCCCGAGGUCUUGUGGAAGAAGGCGCCCCCUGCGUUCCAAGAGGAGGACAGCAUCCACACGUCAGCGCUGGUGGAGAUCAGUGACACAAAACCAUUGAUAAACUCUAGAGACCCAAGAGGCAUCAACGACGCCCUCAAGGUGAACUUUGAGGAUGUGAUCGCUGAGCCGGCGGCCGUGCGCAGUGGGGACCGCGUGUGGCUUUGGAGUCACGCCCUGUUUGAAGUGUCCCGGGUCUGGAUCUACCGGGCGGCGUCCGUGCUGCUGGCCGUCCCCCUGUCAAUCAUCACUGGGCUGAUGUUUGCACUGCUCAGCUGCUUACACAUCUGGAUGGUGGGCCCGUGUCUCCAGUGUGUCCUCGUCGGCACUCGAUGGCUGCAGAGUUUGUGGAGCAUCGUGAUGGACGUCAUAGUUCAGCCUCUCUUUACGAGCGCGAGCCGGUGCUGCGGAGGCUUCAGUGUUCACCUGGCCAAAGAAUGA